AUGGAGAAGGCCAGAGCCCACUUAAAGGGAAAGGCCAAAAGGGUCAUCAUCUCCGCCCCUUCUGCCAAUGUCUCCAUGUUUGUGAUUGGUAUGCACCAGGAGAAAUAUGAUAUCUCCUUCAAGAUUGUCAGCAAAGCUUCCUGCACCAACUGCUUAGUUUCCAGACAAGUCACCCAUGACAGUUUUGGCUUUGUGGAAGGACUCAUGACCACAGUCGAUGCUAUCAUUGCCACUCAGAAGACUGUGGAUGGUCCCUCUGGAAAGCUGUGGUGUGAUGGGCUUAGGGCUGCCCAGAACAUCAUCCCUGCAUCCACUGGUGCUGCCAAGGCUGUGGACAAGGUCUUCCCAGAGCUGAACAGGAAACUCACUGACAUGGCCUUCCAUAUUCCUACCCCCAAUUUGUCUUCUGUGUAUCUUAUAUGCCACCUGGAAAAGUAUGCUGGCUUCAAGAAGGUGGUGAAGCAGGCAUCAGAGGGCCCAUUAAAGAGUAUUCUGGGCUACACUAAGGACCAGGUUGUCUCCUGCAACUUUAACAGUGAUUCCCACUAUUGA